AUGAACGAGCUGAAACAAGGCAUCGGAAUGCUCGAAUCGUCGCUGACUUCCGAGCCGCCGUUCUGCGACACUUUCGAGCGGAUUUCCAUCGACAACUUUCCGAUCUUUGCGCUUGGAAAGGAGAUUACGAAGCAAGAUGGUGAGCGUUUAGUUUAAACGUCUUUAGAAUCAUUUGAAAGUGCUUCAGGCUUGGAUGCCAUGCGAAAAUACGUCACUUCAAGGCUCUGGUUCACGUAUCGUCGUAAUUUCUCGCCAAUUGGUUAGUUUCUGUCUAGUGUCAGUCAAAAAUCAAUAAAUUCUGUCUCAGGAGGUGUCGGACCGACUUCUGAUCAAGGCUGGGGAUGUAUGCUGAGGUGUGCUCAGGUAAGCUAGGCCUUUGAACUCAAAUUCGUACAUAAACACACCAAUUUCGUUUUAGAUGUUGCUCGGAGAAGUUCUUCUGCGCCGUCACAUCGAGCGUCACUUCGAAUGGGACAUCGAGAAGACUUCGGAAGUUUACGAGCGCAUUCUGCAAAUGUUUUUCGAUGAGAAGGACGCGCUCUACUCGAUUCACCAAAUCGGUACGUGAAUCAAUCGGUUUUUCCCUGUAAAUUUCAAAAAAGACUUUUAGCGCAAAUGGGAGUCGCGGAAGGAAAAGAGGUUUCCGAGUGGUUCGGACCGAAUACCGCCGCUCAGGUCCUCAAGAAAUUGGCAAUUUUUGAUGAAUGGUCAAAUGUCGCCGUCCAUGUGGCACUGGAUAACAUUCUCGUGAAGGAGGACGCUCUGACGAUGGCUCACACGUAUCCGAGCGCCGACGCCGUCAAGCUGAUUAUGGGUUAGUUUGCUUUCCGAAAAAAGAUUGUGAAUUCUGAUUUCGGUGCUCCUUGAUAGUUUAUCAGCGCAAAACUUAUUAGUGCUGCUACACUCAAGAAAAACUCCAUUUACUUAAAAAAAGCCCUGAAAAUUUGAAAAAUUGCUCAAAAAUGCAUAGCUUCAGAAAACGGCCACGUCGAUAAGCCCCUCCAACAAGUUCAUCCGCCGUCUGAAGCCUCGGAAUGGCGUCCCCUCCUUCUGAUGCUUCCUCUCCGGCUCGGACUAACCAGCAUCAAUCCGUGCUAUCUGCCCGCCAUUCAAGAGUUCUUCAAGCUUCCGCAAUGCGUCGGAAUCAUCGGCGGACGACCGAAUCAUGCCCUGUACUUUGUCGGAAUCUCCGGCACGAAGCUCUUCUACCUGGACCCGCAUUACUGUCGUCCCAAGACGGAAUCGACGGCCAAAGUGUUCGGAGAACGGGAUCCGUCGCCAGAGAAAAAGGAAGCGAAAGAGAAAGAUAAGGGCACUGACGAGGAGUUCAGUAAACUCGAAGAGCUCGAGCCGCUUCCGUCUCAAACCGCCGACGUUUACACCAAAAUGGACGACUCCACCUACCACUGCCAAAUGCUUUUGUGGAUGGAGUACGAGAACGUGGAUCCCUCGCUGGCGUUGGCGCUAUUUUGUGAAACGCGCAACGAUUUCGACGAUUUGUGCGUGUCGCUGCGGGAGACAACUCUUCCGGCGUCCAACCCGCCAAUGUUCGAGUUUCUGGAGAAACGGCCAAAGUACCUGCCCAAGUUUGAACCGUACACGGGUGUCAGCCUGAAAAUCGAGAUGAAAGGUAGGCGAAUAUUUGAGUAAUAUUGAUGUGAACUCAAUGAAAACAUUCUAGAAUUCGAUGACAUCGGCGCGGCGAACUCAAAAAUCGACGAUGACUUUGAAGUGCUCGAUAUCCAGGACGACGACAAGGAAACUGGAGAAGAGCCUGAAACGAUUUGA